AAACAACUCUCUCCUGAAGGCUUAAACGGUCAACACCGCACCAGCAAAGGCGCAACUACUAUUUGCUUUGCCUCGAACCUGCCGCUUUGACCAUCGGAAUCGCUAUGCGUUUCGCGGCUUUGCUCAUCGGCCUGCUGGCCACAUUCGUCUCGUCCGUCGCGGCUACGGCGCUGACGUACAAGCUUGAGGCGAACGAGAAGGCAUGCUUCUACACGAACGUGGAGCAAAAGAACACCAAGGUGGCUUUCUACUUUGCGGUUCAAUCGGGAGGAUCGUUCGAUGUCGACUAUGCCGUGCUCGCACCGGGCGACAAGAUUGUCUUGGACGGAAAGAAGGAAAGGCAGGGCGAUUUCGUGUUCACGGCACAAAGCACUGGAGAGUACAAAUUUUGCUUUGAUAAUGAGAUGUCGACUUUCGCUGAGAAGAUGGUGGACUUUGAGAUUUCGGUGGAGAACGAACAACGCGCGCAACUGCCAUCCAAGCAAGGCGCCAGCCCCGAACAGGCCACUGCCCUGGAAGAGUCCAUCUACAAGAUCUCUGCCCAGUUGUCGACCAUCUCGCGCAACCAGAAGUACUUCCGUACCCGCGAAAACCGCAAUUUCAGUACUGUGCGCAGCACCGAGCGUCGUAUCUUCAACUUCAGCGUCAUCGAGGGCCUGAUGAUGGUCUCGAUGGCCGGCCUGCAGGUUUUCAUCGUCCGGUUUUUCUUCCAGGGCGCUCGCAAAGGCUACGUGUGAUGGACCCAUGAAUCAUAAUGUCAUUUGAACAACAUUUCUUUUUUUUGGCGUGUACAAUUGUAUCCAUUUUCUGAGUUCUAGAAUUAUCUACGAUGACCAAAAGGCCGGUAAAUGAAAUGUCUUGAGUUGUUGGAUUGCCUCGUACCGGGUUCUUUCUCUUUUUCUUCUUUCCUGCUUCAGGGUAGACCUGAGCCUGAUAGCAUUCCAGGGAUCAUUUCGGACUCGUGGAUUAAUGACGCUGGUCUCCACCAAAUUUCACCUAUCGAUAUCAGUGUUAAAGAAAAGAACCAUUUGCUCGUUCUUUUCCCUCAUCA